AUGCCUUUAAAACACACUAAGUUCUUAUUUGUAACCGGCGGAGUUGUAUCCGGGUUAGGUAAAGGUGUCUCAGCUGCGGCGCUGGGACGUUUACUUAAAGCCCGUAAUUACCGCGUUUUUGUCCAAAAAUUUGACCCCUACUAUAACGUUGAUCCGGGCACGAUGAGCCCCUACCAGCACGGCGAAGUUUUUGUGACCGUCGACGGCGGUGAGACCGACUUAGACCUAGGUCACUACGAGCGUUUUAUCGGCGAAACUUUCACCAAGGACUCAAACUACACCCAGGGUAAAUUGAUGCAAGAGUUGCUUGAGGAAGAAAGGCUGGGCGUUUACCACGGCAAAACGAUCCAAGCCAUUCCCCACGUAACCAACAAAAUCAUCCAUAAAAUCGAGCAAGUCGCGCUCAGUUCCAAAGCCGACUUUAUCAUCACCGAAGUCGGCGGAACAGUUGGCGACAUCGAAUCGCAACCGUUUUUACAAGCGCUCUGGGAAUUCUCACACCGCUACCGGGGGCAAACUUUUUUGAUCCACUGCUCGUUUAUUCCCUACCUAAAAGCUUCCGAGGAAUUCAAAACUAAACCGACCCAGCACUCGGUGCGCCAACUUCACGCCAGCGGCCUCACACCAAACAUGAUUUUACUGCGCGCUAACUCGGCCAUUCCCGCUUCGAUCGCCGAAAAAACGGCGGCGCUAACUUUUGUUGAACGCGACCACUGCGUGCCCGUUCCCGACGUGGAUAACAUUUACAAACUGCCGCUCUACUUUGAAAAACUCAACUUGGCCAAAAUUAUUUUGCACCACUUUGACUUGCCUUGCCCGCGACCUAACCUGGCCGACUGGAAAAAAUACGUCAAACUGAUCAACGCUCCUAAACCUAAGAAAGUUCGCAUCGCGAUGGUUGGAAAGUACGUUGAACUAGAAGACGCUUACAAGUCAAUCGUGGAAGCGAUCAACAUUUCCGCCAACUACAACCAUUGCGAAGUUGAGCUACUUUGGCUCGCCUCGAGUUCGCUGCUCGACGAAAAAACAAUCGCCGAGCGUUUAGACGGCGUUGACGGCGUGAUCAUUUUGCCCGGUUUUGGCAAGCGCGGUUUUGUCGGCAAAGUCGCGGUCGCCCGUUUUACGCGUCUCAGCAAACUACCGACUUUAGGCAUUUGUUACGGCUUCCAAGCGAUGGUGAUUGUCCAAGCUCAGGAGCUCCAAAUCCCCAACCCAACUAGCCGCGAAAUCUCCCGGCAAGGCACUUUUGUAAUCGAUUUAAUCCAGGACAAAAAACACCACAAACUGGGCGGAACGCUCCGCCUUGGCCGCUCGAAAACUAAGUUAGUGCGCGGUUCGCGUGUCAGCCAAAUUUACGGAUCAACUUACGCCUACGAGCGCCACCGCCACCGCUACGAAGCGAGUCCGCAGUACGUGGAGACGCUUAACCGGGGUGGGUUCCUUUUCUCAGGUUUUGACGAACAGACGGGUCUAGCCGAAGUGUGCGAAGUUAAGGACCACCCGUUUUACAUCGGCGUCCAAGCCCAUCCUGAGUUCGAAGCUAACCCGCUGGCACCGCACCCGCUUUUCCAAGAGUUUCUCCGCGUCAUUAGCAAAGCCAAACGUUAA